CAACGUCGAGAACGGGAAAGGCGAAUAAUUUGUCAUUUUCUGCUGCGCAAUUAGGAAGAGAUGACGCCGAUGACAAAGGGGGAGGGAGAGAAAAUGUUUGCCUUUGGGUAAUGGUGGGAUUUGUCGUCGUGAUGACUGAGAGUGCUGCUUUUUUCUAGCACCGUCGGGUGUGGUGUUUUGCCUUGGAAUCCUGGCACAGCGAGUCCUCUCUCUACCCCCAGUCUUCGGUGUUAUUAUUUAGGGCGCGGAGUGGCGACAACAACGCUGGGAACGAGAAAAGUCUCUGCUGAGCUCCGCGUCCCCGAGUCGGGGGCCUUGAGUUAGCGGAGAGACGCUCUUGACUCUGCUUCUUGCCCUGGGUGUUCCUGGUAGAGCUGAAUCUUGGAAUAUAUAAUGGCGGGUGAUGUUGUAUUCGAUCCUGUUCCCUGUGUUUAGCUGGAGAAGGGGAAGCAAGUAGAAAUUUGCAUGUCUGUGGCCAUGAAGUGUAGACUUUCCGUUACUCUUCUGCUGAUGCUUAUUUGGUUUUUGCUCAAUAACAUAAGUUAUGGUACUGUGAGUGACAUCCAAUGUUUAGAACUCAUACAUAAAUCGCUAAAAGACCCUGAAAACAGCCUAACCUACUCAUGGAAUUUCGACAACAAAUCAGAAGGGGCCAUAUGCAGGUUUGCCGGUGUGGAGUGUUGGCAUCCUGAUGAAAACAGGGUCCUUAACCUGCGGCUUUCCAACAUGGGGCUUCAAGGCGAAUUCCCUUCGGGACUUGAGAAUUGCACAAGCUUGACCGGUCUGGAUCUCUCGAGCAACAGCCUUUCUGGACCAAUUCCUGCUGAUAUUUCAAGAAAGAUCCCAUAUGUCACAGCACUUGAUCUUUCAUUCAAUGGUUUCUCGGGUGAAAUUCCGGUGAAUCUCUCCGACUGCACUUAUCUUAAUUCCCUUAAGCUUCAGCACAAUAAAUUGACCGGACAAAUCCCUGGGCAACUGAUUCGCCUUGCACGACUGAUAGAUUUUGAUGUUUCUGACAACCAGCUGUCUGGCCCAAUUCCUUCAUUCAAUAACAAAUUCCCGCAGUCGAGCUUUUCGAACAACCUUAAUCUUUGUGGGGAUAUUUUGAAUGUUGAUUGCACAGGGACUUCAAAGAAGACUAAUACCGGGGUAAUUAUAGGCUCAGCUGUUGGUGGUGUUGUGAUAACCAUUAUCGUUGUUGCAGUUGUUUUAUACUUCUGCAUGCGCAAAAUGCCCAUCAAGAAGAAAGAGAAGAAAGACAUGGUCAUCGAAGAAAACAAGUGGGCAAAAUCUAUAAAAGGAGUUAAACACGCCAAGGUUUCUAUGUUCGAGAAAUCUGUGUCGAAAAUGCAAUUGAUUGAUCUCAUGAAGGCGACCAAUGAUUUUGACAACGAAAACAUAAUUGGUACCGGCAGGACAGGGACGAUGUACAAGGCAACACUUCCAGAUGGCACUUUUCUUGCUAUCAAGAGGUUACAGGACUCACAGCAAUCUGAAAACCAGUUUGUAUCUGAGAUGGCGACGCUGGGAAAUGUCAGGCAUCAAAACUUGGUUCCCUUAUUGGGUUAUUGCAGUGCGAAGAAGGAGAGGCUCUUGGUGUACAAGUACAUGGCCAAGGGGACUCUCUACGAUCAGCUACAUGGCUCAGGUGCGCAAGGCGGAAGUAUGGAAUGGCCAACAAGGCUAAAGAUCAGCAUUGGAGCAGCAAAGGGAUUGGCAUGGCUUCACCACAGCUGCAAUCCCCGCAUUCUUCACCGUAAUAUCAGUUCCAAAUGCAUCCUGCUGGAUGAGGAUUACGAGCCUAAAAUAUCUGAUUUUGGACUUGCAAGGCUGAUGAAUCCCAUCGACACGCAUCUCAGCACUUUCGUGAACGGUGAGUUUGGCGACCUGGGUUAUGUAGCCCCCGAGUAUGCUCGCACACUAGUCGCAACACCAAAGGGUGAUGUUUACAGCUUCGGAGUAGUCCUCCUUGAAUUGGUUACUGGGGAAAAACCCACACAAGUGUCUAAUGCUUCGGAAAGCUUCCGAGGCAGUUUGGUGGAGUGGAUAACCUUCCUUUCAAAUAACUCUCUUCUGCAGGACGCAAUCGACAAGUCAUUAAUCGGGAAGGACUAUGACAGUGAGCUGCUCCAGUUUAUGAAAGUCGCUUGCGUUUGUGCUUUAUCUGGUCCCAAGGAGAGGCCUACGAUGUUUGAAGUGUACCAGUUUCUAAGGGCAAUCGGGGAGCGGUACCAUUUUACUACUGAUGAUGGCAUCCUUAUGAUGCCCUCCGAAAGCACUGAUGCUGAGAAUCUGGAUGAGCUUAUUGUCGCAAAGUGAUCAAGAAGUUCAAAAACAACAUAAAACAAGUACUCGUCUUGCUGUGUAUCUUUAGCUGUCUCUUGUACAUCAAGUUGCUAAGUAUCUUGGAUCGUCUCCUUUAUCCUCUGUAUACAUUGUAUCGAAUAUUUCCUCUUCCAUGCUGAAUGACCAUGAUUUGUAAGUAGUUUUUGUA